UAGAAGAAGGAGAAAAAGAGAGCAGCUACAGGAGCAGUCUAAAACUCCAGAACCAGAACCCGGGACCACACCCCAGGACCAGCCCGGUCCACCAUGUCCGAGUCCAUCAGAAGGAGAAGCUCCAGCAGGCAGGUGCUGCAGAACCUCAUCAGGGUGACAGCCCAGCGGAGCCAGGAGGAUGCUGAGGAGGUGGAGCGGGAGCGAAGGAGGAGAGCCAGGGAGAAGCAGAGAGUGGAGGGGAGACCGUCCUGGCCAGAGCCCCCACCUCACAACACUGGGUUGGAUGAGGAGCUGAAGCCUAGCUGCCUUUUGGUUCUGGAGGAGGACGAAGGCUUCAGUGACUGGACUCACAGGUUGGAGAACCGUCAUGAGCAGGAGGCACAGGACAACUGCAGAGCCAGCGAGCAGAGACCUUCUGCACCACAAUGGGCAGAGCCUGAGGAUCAGGAGGACAAAGAGGAGGUGGGACAAGAGGCAGAACAAAGCAGCCAGUCCCAGGAACCUUCAGCAUCACCUCCAGAAAAGAUGUCCAGCAUCAGAAAGGAUGCCAGACCGUCAUACAGCUUGUCGGUGUUUCUGCCACAGGACGCCAGGCUGCAGCGUGCCACAGGCCAACCAGCAGACAGGAUGUCCUACCUGGUGGCAGGGACACUGAGGCCGCCUGGACGGGUAUGCAGAGUGGAUGGGGAGGUGGAGCGGAGCAAAGAGGAGGAAGAGGUGCAGCACACUUUACGAGCUGAAGACGAUCUGGAGGAGGAAGAACUGAGCUUCAUAUGUGAAGAGAGGGAUGACUUCCAGCUCGGGAGGGAGCAGAGACACAGGGAAGAGGAGGAGGAACAGCAUAAGACGCCACACCAGAGAUCAGUGGAGAGCAGAGCCUGGAGGAGUGAGGAGGUGAACAGAAGAGCUGCAGAUUCUCUCUGCAACAGCAGCGACAGCGAGGAGCUGGUAAACUGCUACGGUCCCAUGAGCCCCACAUUCAAGAAACUCCUCAUACAGUUUUACCCAGAUGAGGUCAACAGAAGAGUCUCGACAGAUGGAAAAUGCACGAUCACAGAAAGAACAGAGUCUUUGAGGAAAUGCACCAACACCAUGAAGAAGACGCCGUCACCUGUCGCUGUUUCUAAGAUUGACAAGAAACUGGAGCAGUACACACAUGCUCUCGAGGUCUCCUCAAAGGAAAGCAGACCGGUGUGUCAGGUGCUGACAGAUGCAAUGAGCCCCACUGAACCCGUUGCUUCCAAGAAGAGCCUGUUUGAGGCCGGAGAAGCCUGGAGCCAAAACCCCGUCCCAGUCACACCAUCUAAGGAUGCAGAUGGUUUAAAAGUGGGUGUGGCUGAUCUCAUCAAUCAGUGGGUGAGAGGAAGCGAAGAUGGGAGCGGGUGCAGCUCACCCACCAUACCUGCAGAAAUAAAACCGGGAGGUGUUUUAAACAAGAAAAACUUAUGGGAGAGCCUUGGUGACACAGUGUCUUCUGGAAGGGAAGGAAAGGAGACCUCCUCUGGUAAAAGGCAUAAAUUUGUGGUGACUGGUCACGGCAAGUACGAGAAGGUUUCUGUUGACAGCAGCGAUGACAUAAACUGUCAGUCAGCUGGACUGUUCUAUGAAGACUUGUGAAACAUGCUGGACACAUGCUGAAUUUUGGAUUAUGAAAAAAAACUUUGAUACCAGACAAAUUUUAGCCACUAUUAAUUUUGUGUAUUUCAAGCCUUAGGUUGGAAAUGUUCUUAAAUCCAUUUCUAAUGGCAAUUUUCUUUUGACAUUUCUUCUGAUCAUUUUUACAAAAGAGAAUAAAAAUGGUGAGUA